CUACUUGAAGCAAAAACCAAUAAAAUUGGUCGCUUCGCAAAAACUGAGAUCUGAGUUCUUCCUUCGGUGGAAAGAGCAAAUUUUACUUUUAAGAAAUUUGAAAACAAAGUUUCAUUAAACAGAUUGGUGGGAUUUUAAAUUUGAAUUUUGAUCAGUGAAUCAACGAUAAACGAUUCGUCGUUAUGGAAGGAGUUGGUGCACGGUUAGGUAGGUCCUCGACACGGUACGGACCGGCAACGGUUUUCACCGGACCGGUGAGGAAGUGGAAGAAGAAGUGGGUACACGUCUCUCCUUCCUCUAAGAAAGACAAUAAUAAUAGCUCCUCCGGUUCCGCCGCUGCUGCAGCUUCCGUCGUUAACGGUGGUUCGAAUUCUGACGGUAGUAAUGGAUCGCAUUUGUUGCUGUAUAAGUGGGCACCAUUGUCUCAGAAUGGUAACGGCAAUGAAGAUGGUAAAAGUGAGAGUAAUUCUCCGAGCGAGGAUACGGUGGCAACGGUGGCAGAAGAUCCUCCACGGCGGAGAUUCAAAUACGUUCCGAUAGCAGUACUUGAGGAACAGAAGAAGGAAAUUACAGAAAUUGAGGAAGAUGAUAAGAUUGAGGAGGAUGACAAGAUUGAUGAGGAUAAUAAGGUUGAGCAGGAAGACAAGGUUGAUGAGGACAAAACUGUAGAGGAGUCGAGCGAGAAGAAAGCGGAAGUGGAAGUGGAGGAAAAGCCUGACAUCAAUGAUGUUCCGAUGGAAGAUAUUCAGGUUGAAGAAAAAAUAGUACAGGAUGAUGAAGAAAAAGUAGUGCGACAAGAUUUGAACGAAAGCACUGUGGAUUUAGGACUGAACUUAAAUGCAAACGAUGCUGAUGCAGAAAACGACCCGAAAGAGGACAAGCCAUUAGAAGAAUGAUAAACUGGGUGCAUUGUUUUGGUUCCUCACCCUCAACUCUCAAUAUCAAUUAGGAAGAAAGACAUUACAGAAAGAACAAAGCAGUCAUUAGAUAUGGACGCAGAUCCUUGAUUUGGUCUGUAACCCCAUGGCUUAUUCCUUUUGAUGUUAAUGGAAAUGACUCAUUGAUUCAGACUGAUCAUUCAAUUCAUAGGAGAUUCUUGUCUUUUUGUCUGAAUUUUAUUUUGAUUCAACAUUCAGAACAUUUAAUUUGUCUGUGGAGUACUUGAUGAUUUACUUUAAAAGCAGCAUAUGAAGGGAACUUUUUGACCUCCUU